UUCUUCCUCCUCUUUUUCACUCCUGUCCGCUCAUUCUGGGCAACAAUGGAGAAGCUGGGUUCUCCGGAACCUGCACACCCUUUGCCGGGUCCAGGGCCCGUCACUGGGGUUGUCAAGAUGGAGGGGGCACACGAGGAUGAGGGGCCAACGCUCGCCAGCUCCAAGCUGUUCUGGUGUGCGUGCGUGAAGCGCUGGCUGCCACCUGCCUACAGAGAAGAACUUUACCACGUCUUGAGACUCACGGGCCCUCUGCUGCUGUCUCGAAUCCUGAACUUUCUCUUGCCUUUUGUUAUCACCAUAUACUGUGGUCACAUUGGUAACGCAGAACUGGCUGGAUUUGCACUUGCAUCAGCGACCAUUAAUGUGACCACUGUGGCAACAGGCUAUGGUUUGACUAUGGCUUGCGACACACUCAUUUCUCAGACAUUCGGCAGUAAGAACAUGAAACGUGUGGGGGUGAUUCUCCAGAGAAGUUCCCUCAUCCUGCUGCUGUUUUGUCUGCCCUGUUGGGGUCUUCUUAUGAACUCUCACAACUUACUGCUCCUCUUGCACCAAGAAGAGGAGGUGGCCAGAAUUGCCCAGCUUUAUUUGAUGGUGUUUCUGCCAGCUGUUCCAGCCAUGUUCCUGCAUCAGCUACAAGUUUCCUACCUACAAAACCAAGGGAUUAUUCUACCUCAGAUGUACACAGCUGCAGUGGCAAACAUCUUCAACUUGGGCAUCAACUACCUUUUAAUCUCUGUUCUCAAGCUGGGAGUCGUAGGAUCAGCGGUCGCUAACAGCCUCUCUCAGAUCAUCAUCUGCCUGCUGUUGUUUGGCUACAUCAGAUGGAAGAAGCUCUACAAACAGACAUGGGGAGGCUGGUCCACUGACUGUCUGCAGUCCUGGGACACCUACAUGAAGCUGGCCAUUCCCAGUGCCUGUAUGGUCUGCUUUGAGUGGUGGGUCUGGGAGGUUGGAGGUUUCCUCGCAGGUGGGCUCGGAGAGGAGGACCUUGCUGCCCAGCAUAUUUUAGUAGAAAUAGGAGCUAUAACUUACAUGUUCCCUUUAGGAGUCCAUGCAGCUGCCUGUGUGCGUGUUGGAAACGCCCUGGGGGCUGGCGAUACAUCUCAAGCUAUUGUCACCUGCAAAGUCACCCUAGUUCUAUCAGCUGUGCUCGCUGUGCUCCAGGGUUUUGUCCUCGCUGGCAGUAAGUCCGUCCUUGGCUACAUUUUUACCACUGAUGUCAAAAUUGUGUCGAUCGUAUCAGACAACUUGACAGUUUACAUCUUCCUGCAGUUCCUCGAUGCACUCCUGUGUGUCUGCUCAGGAAUACUUGUCGGCACUGGGAUGCAGAAAAUUGCUGCCGUGUGCAAUUUGGUGUCUUACUACUUAAUUGGCCUGCCUGUGGGGGUGGCACUGAUGUUUAAAGCUGAGCUCAGAAUAUUAGGUUUGUGGCUCGGGCUCCUAAUUUGUGUUUUCAUUCAGACCAGUUUCUUUCUUGUUCUCAUCUUUAAACUCAAUUGGAAAAAUGUCACCCGAAAGGCUCAGAAGCGAGCUGGGAAAUUGAUAGUGGUGACACCUAAACCUCCUGUUGCUACAGUCCUAACUGAAGCCAUGAUGUCAGACAGUGCUCUCUGCCUGGACACGGCACAGCUGAACGGUGACAUGCCUCCUAAUAAAAAAGAUGGUUACAGUCCUGUUAUUACCAAAGAUCUGGAGAUGAAGGCGAGUCGUGAGUCGGAGGAAAAGAACAUGAAUGCAGGAGGGGCCGAAAGGGACGCUGAACAGAGCAAAACAAACACCAUAGAAGAAGAGAAGCUCUCAACCUCUCAGCUGAUCACGCGUCGAGGAUUCACGUUGUUUUUCUCAGUUCUCAUGRUGGCUGUAGGAGUUGUCUGCCACUUUGCUUUCCCUGUGCCAGAGCCCAGCCUCCAGAACAGGGCCAACUUUACCCUCAGCUGGGCCAACCACUCCACUCCAUCACCGCUGAACUCCACCACAACCUUCUGAGCUGCGUUUAACCUGGGGUUGGUGACACCUUGUGGACUGUGCUUGGUACUCACGCCGUUAUUUCAAGAGGCCACCGGGUUUAUGUUGCGCUGUGCGAAAUGCCUCAGUGCUGCACUGCAGAGCAAAUGAAAGCAAAUGGCACUGAAACUGGCAGGAAGAACAAAGGUCCUGCAGCACAGACUGGGUUUAACACACUCGGUCUGAGGGGCCUUAGUGGGACAACAAGGUCCUUUACCAAUCCUUUUACUGAAACAUGCUUUUAUUUCCUGGAGGAAAGGACACUUUACUACAAAAUAAAUCUGAUUUUCUCAUGUAUGCAUGGUUUGAUUAGUGCACUGUGAUGUACUUGCCUACAUUUUAACAUGGAAAUUAAUGUAAAUAUUUGUAAUACAUGUGUAAAAUUUACAUGUAAAUAAAUGAGUGUAUCUACACAAAUAGAGGUAAUUUUAA